AUGAUCAAUGAGCAUGACAUCCACACUCGCCUUCCUGCUUCCGACAAAGCCUUUGAAGCAGGCCUAGAAGAACUCACGGGCCCUCUUACAAGCAUUCUGAACCAAGAAGGGCAAAACUUUUCUUCAUUUGCUGGAAGAGUUCUUGCUUCCUCGUUGUUCUAUCAAGCAUUCCAACAGUCGUCCCAGAACAUUCCAGAUGAGGAGGCACAGGACAUCAAAACUAGUCUGCACUGGAAGCGCCAUCGCGAAAUUGACAACGACCUCGCUUCUCUCCUCAAUUGUCUUCCAGAUGAUCUCAAACUACCCAACAGUAUACGUUGUCAGAAUGCGACCUUCGUCAAUAUCAUCAUUCACACUUCGAUUAUUUUUCUUCACAGAGCAGCUUUGUCAACAAUCGAAAGGGUUGGGACACCCCACCACAUGAUUCGCCAAUGCCGGACCAGGCUUGUCGCCGCGGCUGAGGAGAUUCUGAACAUUUUGAGGAUGAUGCCAGAUGUCAACGACAUGCUGAAAAACCCGAUGCUGACCUUUUCCAUGUACAUGGCGUCAUUGGUAUUUCUAGAUCAACCGGCAUCGACAGAGCCAGACUACCAGCGACAAGACAAUCUUGAUUUCACACUUCGACUCAUGAUUCUAGCCGCAAAGACGUGGGGCAAUCCAGUGACGAGGUCCAUGGCCAUUCAGUUGGCCGUAGACAUGAGGCAAAGAGGUCUAGAUUCAGCGGCAGUGGAGAAGGCUACCGAGCUGCCCCUGGAGAGAAGCACGGUACCGAUCCUUGCCAAAGGCGACAAUGACUCGUCUAACUUUCUGUUCCAACUCAACAACUUUGAGAACUCCCCGGAACCUACUGCGGACACUUGA